AUGGGCCAGUCCCCCGGCGCUCCCCCGGGGCGCAGCCGCAGCCGCAGCCGCAGCCGAAACGGGAGCAGCUCGCGGUGGCCGCACCCGGGGCUCGGGCUCGACCUGGGGUUCCUGCUCGGGCGCAAGCCGCGGCCGGGGGACGAGAGGCCGGACCUGGCGAGCUGGAUGCGGUGCUUCCUGUCGCAGCGUCUGCCGCAGCCCACCGCGACGGCGGACGCGGAGGGUAAGGCCGCCGGGAGACGAGAGGAGGAGGAGGUUGGCGCGGAUGAGGCUGACCACCUCGUCGUCAUGGUGAACGGCCUGUACGGGAGUUCGGCGGAUUGGAAGUUUGCAGCGGAGCAGUUUGUGAAGAGAUUGCCGGGAAAAGUCUUGGUGCAUCGUAGUCAGAGCAAUUAUUCAAAAUUAACAUAUGAUGGAGUUGACUUAAUGGGUGAAAGGCUAGCUGAGGAGGUUCGACAAAUUGUUCAGAGGAGAAGAAACUUGAGGAAAAUAUCUUUUGUUGCUCAUUCGCUUGGUGGUUUAAUAACAAGAUAUGCAAUAGGAAAACUUUACGAACCUGCCAUGGAUGAAACAUCUUCUUGUGACACUGAUAAGACUUCUGAUGAACAAAAUGUACCUGGUGCUGGUAAAAUAGCUGGUUUAGAACCAAUCAAUUUUAUUACAUCUGCUACACCACACUUGGGCUCAAGGUGGAAUAAACAACUUCCCUUUCUUUUUGGUGUCCCACUUUUCGAGAGAACUGCUGCAGGAACAGCACAUUUUAUAGUUGGAAGAACGGGUAAACAUCUAUUCCUUACAGACAGAGAUGAUGGGAAGCCUCCUCUUCUCCUACGAAUGGUUGAAGAUUGUGACAACGGGAAAUUCAUGUCUGCAUUGCGCUCUUUCAGGCGUCGUGUUGCCUAUGCUAAUGUAACAUAUGAUCAUAUAGUUGGUUGGAAAACAUCAUCGAUUCGGCGUCAGCAUGAAUUACCAAAACUCAAGUUAACAGCCAAUAAUGAAAAGUAUCCUCAUGUUAUUAAUGUUGAUAAACGAAAUCUAGAGGAUCAUCAGCAAGAGGGAUCUGUAGAAGAUUCACUGGCAGAUAGUUAUGAAGGUGGGGUGGAGGACGCCGCCGGGUACAAGCAGCCGACGGACCCGCAGAUGAAGAACCUCUUCCUCCCGUUCCGCUGCUUCUGCACGCGCAAAGACAUCCACUGCAAGGACGUGGUGCUGGACGACCACGACGUGGCCAAGUCGAUCGUCCGGUUCGCCGCGCACGCCGCCAUCGAGAAGCUCGUCGUCGGCGCCACCGCCCGGAGCGGCUUCGUCAGGUUCAAGGCGGAAAUCUGCAGCAGCAUCUCAAAGGCCGCGCCGGACUUCUGCACCGUGUACGUCGUCUCCAAGGGCGGCAAGGUGACGUCGAUGCGGCAGGCCGUCCGGCAGGCGCCGGCCGUGUCGCCGCUCCGGACCAUGAUCCAGGGGCCCAAGCCGGAGCUGGUGCACGCGCAGAAAUGGACGCCUCCUCCUCCGUCUUCCGGGACACCAAUGUUUCAAGAAAACCACAUCAUGACGCGGCGAGCGAUCCGACGCGGCCGCACCACGUCUCGCACCCGAGCCAGUCCGCCAUGCCUACACGGAGGUCCAACUACAACUGAUCGAGACGCCAUGGAGCAGCUCGACAGUGAUCACCGGUGCUGGCAGAAGCAGAGCAUGCCAUGGCAAUGCCAAUCGUGCAUUGUCGGCAGUAAAGUUGUAAACUGUGCACAAAAGAGGACAUUCGAUCUGUCUGACGCCGACGGGCAGCCUGCAGGCACAUGGUUUGUCUGUCCUGGAGCGUGCAAAGCACAAAUUGGUGUUGUGCUCCGUGCUCGUGUCGCCGAGGUCAUUGCUGAUCCUGUCCCCAUGGUUUGCCACUCCCCUGCCUCGUCCCCGUCAGUCGCCAGCCUGUCUGAAACUCUGAACUAA